CACUUUCCAAGACGGGGCUGGCCCUGGCGUCCCACCCAAUCCGCCCGUUUUGUCGGAGGUCGAGGAAUCCAACCCAUUCGCUCGGGUCAGCGCUCCUUUCCUGCUCUUCUUUGUCGUCUUCUUCUCCUUCCUCUCGUGCCCUCAAAAUCCUCUCCCAGAUCACGGGCAGGGCCAAUGUUCCGUUUGUGGAGAGACCUGCUGGACGAUCCCGGGAAGCAUGGCCACGGAGAAGAGGUGAAUACCAUCUCUCGCUGUACAGCACGAGCACGAGGUUCAGCGAUGUCCGCUUCCUUUCGGCGCGAUGGCUGUUUUUGAUAUGGCCUGAAGUGAGGUCGUAGUAGUAUGCGACGGGAUUCCGCAGCUGUGGUGGUUUCGAGGGGGCGGGAGAGGUUGGUGACGGGGAGGGCGGCGCGUUGGUGUACUUGCUGCGGUAGCUCUCACAUACUCCUGCCCGGAUGAUGAAUUCUGUUUCGGAAUUUGAGAAUGUGGAGGUUUUUUGGGGUUGUGGUGUGAGGCCGGAGCGCAUGAAGUGAAGCCUGUCGAGAUGUGGGACGCAGAGGUGAAGGGUGGGGAGAGGUUCUAGACCAUGGGUACGAUUGUAGCUGCUGCUUUUGGGUAGCUUUGAGAGAGGGUCGAGCAGAAUUUGAGGAGAAUGAGGGAGGUUUGAAGUUGCAGCGGUGGAUUUAGAGGCUUGCAGGGAUGGAGUUUGAGAGGCGACGCGCUCCAGGAGCUGGAUCUGGUAUUCCUUUGUCAGACGAAACCUUAGCAUGCGUGUUGAAGUAUGUCGAGAAUUGGCAGGACAGGGCCGCGGUCUCCCUCGUAUGCCAGCAAUGGCGGCGAGUGGAUGGCGCUACUCGCAAGUUUGUCACGAUUUCCUACAUGUACUCCACUAAUCCUGAGCUACUUACUCGGCGGUUCAAGCGCUUGGAAGGAGUGAAGAUCAAGGGGAAGCCAAGGGCGGAAGAGUAUGGUCUCCUCGUACCCAACUGGGGUGGCUAUGCGGAACCAUGGAUUCGAGAGCUGGGAAGAGUUUACAGAGGUUUGCAGACCCUCCUGCUGCGGAGAUGUCAGGUUUCUGACUCAGAUUUGGAAUUGAUUGCUUCCUCGCCCUUCCAUUCUGUCCUGCAAGUAUUGCAUCUGCACAAAUGCGCGGGGUUCUCGACUUCCGGACUUCUUCCCGUUGCGAAAGCCUGCAGAUCUUUAAGGACGCUGAGCAUCGAGGAUAGCAACGUAAACGAUGAAGGUGGGGAGUGGCUGCAUGUACUCGCCCGCCACAACACAGUCCUGGAGGUCCUCAACUUUGCAGUACUCGGUCUGGAAGACGUCGAUGUAGCAGACUUAGCCCUGCUUCUGGAGAAGUGCAAAUCUCUGGUGUCGCUCAAAGUCGGGGAGAUUGAGCUUGUCGACAUGGUUGGUGCUCUUGGAAAAUCUUCUUCUCUCCUAGAACUCGGUGCCGGCUCUUGCAAUUAUCUCAACGACGAGGACAGCAGGGUAUAUGCUUCUAUUUCGUUACCUUUGCAAUUGACGUCCCUGUCGGGCCUGUGGUCAAUGGGCGACUUCGGAUUGUGCAUGAUUCUCCCCAUCGCGCCAAACUUGAAGAAGCUCGACCUGAAGUUCACGUUCUUGAGCCGCAAAGCAUACUGCCAGCUUUUCAGUCAGUGCCAUUCGCUCGAAGAGCUUCAGAUACGGAAUGGAGUGGGCGACGAAGGCUUGGAAGUCCUCGGCAAGUCCUGCAAGUCCCUCCGCCGGCUCCGCAUCGAGCACGACGAAGCAGGCGCUAUUACACAACGGGGGGUUGUUGCAGUAGCUCAAGGCUGUAACAACUUGCAGCAGCUCGUCCUCUACGUCUCAGACAUCUCCAACGCAGCCCUCGCCAUGGUGGGACAAGGAUGCCCUCACCUGACAGACUUCAGGCUUGUACUCACUGGAACCCAGCACGUCGUCGAUCUUCCCCUCGACGACGGCUUCAAGCUACUCCUCAAAGGUUGUCCAAACAUCUCCAAGCUCGCUGUUUAUCUUCGUCAUGGUGGCUUGACAGAUAAAGGCAUGAGCUACAUGGGUGACUUCGGCAAAAACCUCAAAUGGGUCCUGCUUGGUUGCACCGGUGAAUCUGACAUCGGGUUAGCGAAUUUUGCCUACAAAGCUCAGAAGUUAGAGCGUUUGGAGAUCAGGGAUUGUCCGUUUGGUGAGGCGGGGCUUGUUGCUGCAGUCGUGGCAAUGAGCUCGUUGAAAUUCUUGUGGGUGCAAGGGUACAGAGCUCCUGAAGCGGGGUAUCAGUUACUAGGAUUGGCGCGGCCUUGGUUAAAUAUUGAGAUUAGUUUACCGUCUGGGACUAUGCCGGGGCAGUUGAUCGCGCACUAUGCGAUCGUGGCGGCGAGGAAUGAUUAUCCUCCUGAUGUGAAGGUGCUGGUGGAGGAGACGGAGGAGUUAGAGGGCAUGCUGCCGCCUUGUACGAACCGGAGGACUGUUGAUCCUUGAACCUGGAACUCAGUUGCAUUUAUGUGGACUAAGAUCCAGUUGCAGUUGUUUGCACUUGAGAUAAAGUACAACUCCCUAGGGAUGCCACACUUGUGGUUGCCAGCAUUGCAACCGCUGCGACAGUCUUGAUCCGCGGGUGGCGCAUGCCGGUGCAUACUCCGCUCAAGCAUGCACCCACGCCAAUGAGAGUUCCUUUACCUCGUGGACAACAGUCAGUUUCUUAUGAACUCGGGCUUGAUUACAGGUCAUCUCUUAGUGCAAAUUGUUUGGACGGUGUCUGUGUGGAAGUUGAGUUCACGGCUUCUACACCUGGGAAGUUUUUGAUUGAGAAAUGGCUGAGAAAUCUUUACACAAGAUGGAGACCUCGUGUUGCACUCUGCUUUGGCUUCACACGAGGGUUUAGGGAGGACUCUUUGUCCAGCAUACGUGAAGGUGACGCGGAUUCUUCAAGUAGUCUUCGGUUUCAGUAAUAGAGAUUUCAUUUCCUGCGAUUUUAGGAAAGCAAACAAACAUGAUAACAGCUUGAGUUGUAAAUUGGUGUUUUUCUUAAUCAACAAGGACCUAAUAGUGUCAAGCUCGGCGACUACUUUGCAUCAGUUCACAGUGCAAUUUCACGUU